AUGAGUGAUAAUAUUGACCGCGAAGCGAUGAUCCAGGCGGCCUGCCUUGCCGACUUGGGCCGCCUCCGCCAGGAGGAGCUGCCUUUGAGCGACAUGCCACGUCACGGUCGUGGUCCUACCUAUGCUCCAUGCGGAAAGAAUGGAACAAGCCAUAUCCCUCCUGAUCGAAAAAGGGUCCUCAGCAACAAAUGGGGCGCCAAGAUUGAGGACGAAGAGAGCCGACAAAUGGAAGGUCUUGAAAUCGAGGAUGCCCGUCCUUGGGCCAAAGGUCGUGCGGCAGAAGCACUAUCUAACUUCAAGAUUCAAAGUGCCCCGCCCCCUCGCAUCAUGUUCCACAAGACUAAGGCUGCUUCGUCCCAGCCUAAGGGGAACAGCGGCACUGUUACUUUUAGACCACCAACGGAUGCAUGGAAGAAGUGCGUCGGAGACAUGGUAAAGAACAGCCCCCUUGCAGCCAAAUGGGGUUCCUCGCCAGGCGAGUCGGCUGCUCAUCAAGGUGCGGUCUCCAAGCCUGUCCAGGGGCUUUCACCCAACCAUUGGCUUUCGAACGGCACGAUUGGAAACGGAGCGCCUGUGACUACUUCUCCUCCCAGUACAUCUUUGUCAAAUGGCAUCCCACGAGUGCCCCUAACCUUCACCCUUCACCAAGAUGGCUUUGACUCCAACGCCGUUGAGAAUAUCAUCGGAAGUGGGGUCUGCCAAAUUGUUCCGGCCAAGAAUGAAGCACUCGGUUUCGCCAGCUCAGUCAUGGUGCAGAUCAAUGAAGAGAAAGGGGGUGUCCUGGCGUUUCGCAGUGAUCUCAAAGGGGAUAAAAUCCACGACGUCCUUGACAUAGACAAACCUUCUCUGGAUGGUCCAUACUGUGUCGUCAAGCCCAAAUCGAAAGAAUGGCCGUACCACAUUCGAUUUGACAGCGACGAACACGUCAAGAUCUUCAAGGCCUGUCUGUCUAAGGUCAGCAAGGCGAUUAAACUGCACAAAAAGCCGGAAGAUGAGAAGGAUGCCCAGGUCACUCAUGAUGAAGUGCCGGUUCCUAGUCCUGAGCUGAGCACAGUCACUAUCAACUCGACUUGCGCACCGACUGCAUCUACAGAUGUCCCUCAAGGCCCGGCUCAAACCGAAACAGACAGUCACAAGGUUACAACCGUCACACAAACUGAACUAAUCCCAAUGGACGACGACUGGGAUAGUUCCAACAAUCCGCAAGUUCCGGUGAUCCAAGCAGCUGUCAACCCGAUGGUGGCACUUGUGCGUCGAUGCCUGCAGUACUUCAAUACCGAAAGCAGCUUUUGCGCUGGGACCAUCGCCGGAAUCGAAGAUGCUAUCAUCGACAAAUGGAUAAGCGAAGGAUUCCUGGAGGAUUGCGGUGAGAGAGAGCGAGAGGCUGCUUUGAUGAUGCUUCGGUCAUUUGUGGAUGUCGAGUUGAUCCUUUCUGGGAAAAAGCCGACAGGCAAGACUUCCAAGUCUACCACUGAUCAGGAAUCCCGCCCUCAACACCAGGACGCAGCUUCUGAGCAGGCGAACAGCUCCAACAAGCGUCCCAGGCGUGGGGCCACCCAGGGCCUAGGUUCCUCUUGCUUCGCAAAGAAGCCAUUUACUUACGAAGGUGUCUUUACUGGUCCUCGCUCUCGUACCGCUUACAAGUAG